UCUAUCUCUUAAAACCCUAGUGUUCUCUUUCUAGGAACCACUGAAUAAAUCUGGUUGCGUCUAUGGCUUUCCGUAUUGGGCACAAUUUCUGCUACUCGUGUUGUUGUUUUCUGUCCCUUACUCAAUUCGAAUGCCGAUUUUGAGCUUGAAUUGUUCUGUAUUUCCGAUCUUUUGCGUUCUGGAGAUGGUUUUGAGAUUUUGGAGUGAUUUUCGGUUAUGAGAUGAGCUCAGCUGAUGAGAAAGUAGGGGGGGAAAUUGUAAUUGAGUUUUGUGUUUCUUGCUUUCAUUCAUUUCUUUAGGAACUGAAAAAUUUUCAGCUUAGUUUUGGUUUCUCCUGCAUUGUGGAGGAGACUGUGAAUUCUUUGCAUGCCAAUACGAGCUUGUGGUCUAUGAAAAUUGAAGGAGAGGGUUUCUUCUACUGGGAAAUAGAGUCUCUUAAAUAAUUUAUUUAUGCUAUUGGAUUUCUCUGUUAGUAUUAUGUUAGAUAAUGAAGAUGGGUUAGUUAAAAUUCUAUCCCAGUGAAUGCAAUAUGAGUAUAGAGCUGGAAGCCAUGAACAGAGGUGGUGGAUUCUUGUGGUGAAACUCUUUUUACAGUUGUAGUUGAAGUGUAUGUGUGCACACAAACAAAAAGGGGUCGUGGUUGAGGAGUAAAUGAUAGUUGCUCAGAGGAGUGCUUUUGGACAUAAUAAUUGGAGAAACUUUUUCUUGAUCUUCCUUGAUUCAUUAAGGCUUCUUAUAAAUAGCUGUAUGCUGAAAAAUUGCAAGCUGGGUCAUCUAUGCCUGGAAACGAGGUAGGAGACAGGGUCCAUAAUUUUUUUGGUCAAGAAAACUUGUCCCAGGGCCAGUAUCACUCACAGGCAGUUGACGGGAACUGGCCUGGGCUAAGCAACAAUUUGUGGGCUGGCAGCCAGAGACCAACUGGUGGUCCUUUUCUUUCCAAUUUGAAGAAUUUUAAUCUACAACAAUCAGAUUCUGAGCAACACACAAGUGCUCUACAUCUGCGACAUGGUUUGAACCUAGCACAAUCAAAUCAGAGGCCUGACAUUGGCAGAAAUCAAACCCCAAACCAGCAAACAGCUGUUAAUGGCUAUAUGCAAGGACAUCAGGUUUUCCAGUCUAGGCAAAAUGAAGCAAACAUUUUGGGAGUGGAUACAGGAGCUGAUUUGCAUGGCAUAUCAAGUCUAUCAAGAGGAGUAACAGUGCUCGAGUCACAGCAAGGGUCUGGUCUUGACCACUAUAAGAAAAGCUUAAAUAGGACCGAUGCUACAGAGUCUCCUGUAAAUUAUGAUUUUUUUGGCGGUCAACAGCAAAUAAGCAGUCGACAAUCAGGCAUGCUUCAGUCUUUUCCUAGACAGCAGUCAGGGAUAAAUGACAUGCAGCUUUUACAACAACACGCAAUGCUCAACCAGAUGCAAGAACUUCAAAGGCAGCAACAAUUUCAUCAACUAGAAGCGAGGCAACAUUCCAUGACUCCAGCUUCCUCCAUUUCAAAACAGACAGUUGCAAGCCAUUCUGCAUCUCUUAUUAAUGGCAUUCCCAUCAAUGAGGCAUCUAACCUUAUGUGGCAGCCUGAAGUUAUGGCAGCUAAUACAAAUUGGCUCCAGCGAGGUGCAUCUGCAGUUAUACAAGGAUCCGCUAAUGGUUUUGUGUUAUCCCCAGAACAACUGCGCCUGAUGGGUUUGAUUCCUAAUCAGGGGGAUCAGUCUCUUUACGGCCUUCCAAUUUCUGGCUCAAGAGGUGCACCUAGCCUGUACUCUCAUGUUCAAGCAGACAAGUCGGCAAUGACUCAGGUUUCUAUCCAAAACCAGUAUUCUCUCGUUCAAGGCGACAAACAAUCAUUACCAUCCAUAUCAACCAGCGUUAAUGCAUUUCCAGCUCACCACUAUGCUGCAAUGUCAGAUCAAACUAACCUAAAUGAUGCAACUUCAGUUUCUAGACAAGAUAUUCAAGGAAAAAAUAUGUUUGGUUCAGUUGCUCCUGGUAUUAAUAGUGGACUAAAUAUGGAGAACUUGCAGCAAAUGAAUUCUGCGCAAAGAGAUGUACCAAUGGAAGAUUUUCAUGCGAGGCAAGAACUGGCUGGAUCUUCUGAGACUUCACAGGACAAGUUGGUAGUGCAGGCUCCUCCACAUAAUGUGGCUACACUAGAUCCAACAGAAGAAAAAAUUUUGUUUGGUUCUGAUGACAAUCCUUGGGAUGGAUUUGGCAGGAAUUCUGGUUUCAAUAUGCUGGAUGGUUCAGAUGGUUUUAGUGGAUUUCCAUCUCUUCAAAGUGGGAGCUGGAGUGCACUUAUGCAGUCUGCUGUAGCUGAAACUUCUAGUAGUGAAGUGGGUAUUCAAGAGGAAUGGAGUGGUCUAAGUUCCCGGAAUACUGAACGUUCAUUGCCAAAUGAAGGACCUUCACCAAUUGAUAGCAGCAAACAACAAUCAGUUUGGCCUGAUAAUAAUUUGCAGUCAGUCCCCAAUAUAAACUCAAGGCCCGUAACUCGUCAAGAUGAACUUAGCAGGCCCAAUUCCACUGUAAACUAUUCUGGUCUUCCUGGAUUUCAUCAGCCAGGUGCUGAUACUGCACAGGAACAGCAUAACAGGUUGCAUGCAGAUUCUUCUCAAAGAUCAAUUCCCCAGAUUUCAGAAAGAGGUAAAUGGCUAGAUUGCAGCCCUCAGCAUAAACCAGGGGCAGAAGGAAGUCAUAUUUAUGGAAAUGCUGCUAAUUCCUCAGGUUUAGAAAUAAAUGAAAACAUUCAAAUCAGUGAGCCAUUGAAUAUAUCUAAUGGAUGGAAUUAUGUCAAAUCAGCCCCACCUGAUAACAAUCCUACUCCUAAAACUCGUGAAAAUGAAAAUGUGUUUCAGCCCCAUCGAGAUACAGGCCAGGUUCCUACAUUGUGGGAGCCUGAUUCUGAUAAUAAUUCAUCUGUUGCGCUGGAACAUGUAAAGUCUGCAGGUAAUAUGCAGGUUUGUGAGGAAGAUUCUGGUAUGAAUGGUGUCGCUGCCAUGCCAAAUUCUGGUGCUACAUGGGUAAGCCGACCAAGCAACCAUCAACAUUCUAAUGUUGACACACGGAGGAAUACAGAUUCUGUGGGGAGCUAUGGAAGAAAUGAAGGCGCAGGGAAGUAUAUGCAUCAUAUGGAGAAGAAUCCUUUAGUUUUGGAGUCAUUACAGAACCAGAUGUCAGAAGGAGAAGCGUAUGAAAUAGAAAACUCAAAUAAAAAGGAUAAAUCUGCUGAUGGUAUGGAGUCUAAUCCCUCCUAUCACCGAGCUAGUGGCGUGAGAGAAAAUUCCAGUUUUGACGGAAGUGAUUUGCACAGCCCAAAGUUACCUGGUCAGGGAAAUCGAAGACCUCCUGUAACUCGUAAAUUUCAGUAUCACCCAAUGGGGGAUGUUGGUGUUGAGACGGAAUCUUAUGAAAACAAACAUGUAAAUUCACAGCCUAUUCCCCAUCAACCCUUUGGAGGGCUUAAAGGUCGGGACCAGAGCUACCCCGGGCAGUCAAAAUAUGGUCAUUCUGAUCGGGAUUAUACUGAAACAGAGAAGAGGCGGGAACUUGUUUUUCAGGGUGACAAAAAAAGCUUUGAAGACAAUGCUUCAAAAAGUGAACUGUCUAGUCAUGUACCGAAAACAUUGAUGCCAUUUGAUAGAAAUGUUGGUAAUUAUGCCUCAAACAAGACUGCUUCACCCAGUCAAAAUAUUCUUGAGCUUCUUCAUAAAGUGGAUCAGUCAAGGGAGCAUGGCUUUGCAACAAAUACGAGCACUUCUAACUGCCAUUUAUCUUCCAGGGUGAUGGAUACCGAAUCUCCUAAUGGGUCUAUUGUACAUCCUCAACGAAAUCAAAGCUCUUCGUCUCAGGGCUUUGGUUUACAAUUGGCUCCUCCUACUCAAAGGCUUCCUACGGCGUCUUCCCAUGCUACAUCACAUGUUGCAUCUGAGAUGAUAGAUAAGGGUACUUGGUUGGCUGAUGCUCAGACUAUUCCUUCUCGAGAGUCAUCUCAUGAAAUUAGAAGCAACAUUGUUGGUUCCCCAAGGCAAGUUUUUGAUAAAGCUUCACAGUAUAGUCCACUGGGAAAUACUCAACAGGCUUUCUCAUCUGGCUUUCCUUUCUCCAGGAUCCAUGCACAAAAUCAGAAUAUGGCUAAUCUUGGAGGACAAGUAGCAAGUACUCAAUGUGAUAGUGCAAGUCAUGUUGAUCGAAUGGCUUCCACUAAUCAGAUAGAUGAAUAUUGUGAAAGAGCUCAAACUAGUCAAUCUGCAGUGUCAUCUGCUCAGGACCUUCCCAUGCCAAGUGGUAUAAAUCAAAUCCAUCCUGGAGAUCCUGCCAUGCAAAUUUCAGCAUUGGAGACUGGCACAGCUCCUCAUCUUUCUGUAACGUUUAAUCCAUCUCUACAUGGUACCCCGUCAAAAGUUUUACGCAAUGUAUGGACAAAUGUUUCUUGCAUGCAACAGCCUACUGCUUUGAAGGCUCCAUCCCAUCCCCAACCAAAUAGUAUCUUUGAAACUGCAACAAGGCCACAAAAGCCACAUGUUGAAGAUUCAGAAAGUGAUGCUAAUGAACGCUCUGGGAAACAGAUGUUGCUUGAAGUUGUUGAUGCUGCUGAUGGGACUGCAAGCGCUUCAUGCGUGAAGGAACAUGUUGUGAAAAGCACACCGGAUGCAUCUCAAUCUAGCCAAGCUGCGACUCCUAGAGAUAUUGAGGAUUUUGGCAGGUCUUUAAGACCAAACACUUUCUUGCAUCAUAAUUUCUCUACACUAAAUCAACUUCAGUCCAGGAAAAAUAUGGAUAUCAAUCCUAUUGAUCAAGAUGUCAACAAAUUCAAAGUAUCAGAUGAUGUCGGGGAUAGACAGUUUGAUUCUAAUCAUGGACAACGGUCAUACGGAUACAACUACACAGUUGAAGAUGUUUUGGGUAAUAAUUCUUCAGUGCCAGGUAAUGGACGAGAAACUAAUGCAUCUUCUGAGGUGGUUGAGUAUGGUCAGAAAAAUGCUGCUAAUAGCAACAAUGUUACUUCUCUUAGAAGUGAUCAUUCUAUAAUAAAUCCUCAAAUGGCUCCAUCAUGGUUUGAGCAAUAUGGAACUUUUAAAAAUGGCAAGAUGUUGCCAAUGCAUGAUGUACGUGCAAUGACUCCAAAAAUUAUGGACCAGUCUUUUAUUGUGAAGAACCAAUCUGCCAGUAUGCAUCUUGGCAGUUCAAUGGAGCAAGUAAAUACUGAUCAGCAUGGUCAUGCCAGGCUAAGUCCAAUUCCUACUUCAGUUGUAAGUGUCAAUGUGCCUUCUCAGUUAUUGCCUCCUGCUGUUGAGCCUGAUUUGCAUGUUGCGAGACCAAAGAAGCGUAAAAGUGCCACUUCAGAACUCAUGGCAUGGCAUGAAGAAUUGAAACAGGGUUCUGAAAGGCUUCGAGAUAUCAGGGUGGCAGAAUUAGACUGGGCUCAAGCUGCAAAUAGAUUGAUUGAGAAGGUUGAGGAGGAUGCUGAGCUGGUAGAAGUUUUGCCAACAAUGAAGUCAAGAAGAAGACUUGUCUUGACAACACAGCUUAUGCAGCAACUACUUAACCCUCCUCCAGCUGAAGUUCUCUCUGCAGAUGUCAAGUUGCAUCAUGAUAGUGUGAUUUAUUCUGUUGCUAGAUCAGUGUUGGGAGAUGGUUGCAGUUCUGUCUCAGUGCGUGGAAGUGAUUCGCCAGUGCCAGCGACUAGCAAAAACCUCCUGCCCAAUAAGCUUAAAUCAUCUGAUAAAAUUGACCAGUACAUUUUGAAAGUCGAAGACUUUUCUGAUAGGGCAAGGAAGCUGGAAAAUGAUAUGUUGAGAUUGGAAAGCAGAGCCUCAUUUUUGGACUUAAGAAUUGAGUGUCAUGAUUUAGAAAGAUUUUCUGUCAUCAAUCGAUUUGCCAAAUUUCAUGGACGGGGGCAGAAUGAUGGGGCAGAGACUUCACAAUCCUCAGCAGCAACGGCGAAUGCUCCGAAAUCAUUUGUCCAGAGAUAUGUUACUGGAUAUUCAAUGCCGGAAACUUUCCCAGACAGGGUACAAUGUCUUUCACUUUGAUAAUUAAUUAAUUCAUUUGUCCAUCUUUCUUGGUCGGUUUUCUACGCAAUCUCCUGUUUUUGGUCCUUUUCUUUCAAGUUAUAUUAUUGGACAUCAUCGCCAUAGAACCAUACAACUGGCAAUGUAGGAGAAGAAUGGUACUAGGUUGCCUCCUCAACCAAUGGAGGCUGUUAGAUCUUUCCCAUCUAUAUUUUGUAUGUAUGUAUGUAUGUCUAGAUCUUCGCAAUCUAGUUAUCUUUAACUUUUGGUUUUCAGGUUCCAACCCUUUUGUAUAUAUUAAGAUAAUAUAUGCAGUUUACUUAGUUUAACCAUACCAUUUUGCUCGUUGUCUGAUUAGUUACCAUAAGCUGGUCAUUGUGUCUUUGGAUAAAACAUAAGAUGUUCAGUGUUAACUCAAUCAUUUCUUUUCUCUCAAUUCCAAUCAUUUUCCUGUA